AUUUAGAGCAACAUGGAGCAGUGACUAUUUUAGUAAUUCAGCAGAAAGUCAGGGCUUCAUAAACACUCCAUAGUUGGCAGCCUGGCAGCACAAGAAUCCCAUAUUCUCAUUCUCUUAAGCCAGUGAUUAGAAGCCAGUUUUUCUGUGCUUCAUACUACACCUUCACAAACCCCAAGAAGAAUGGAACGGGGAAGAAGAAGCAGCUCUUUUGGCCCUAUGUCCUCAACCGUCCCUUGUUUUCUCCUCCUUUUGUUCUGUCUCUCAGGAUCUGCUGAGGCCUACAAGAAUUAUACAGUUGGAGACUCUUUAGGAUGGUUUGACAAUACUGAGAAGUCCAAUGUCAAUUACCAGAAGUGGGCUGACAGUAAAGAAUUCAGCUUGGGAGAUUUCCUCAUUUUCAACUCGGACACUAACCACUCAGUGGUUCAGACAUACAAUUUCACCACAUACAAAGAAUGUGACUAUGAUGAUGCACAAGACAAGGACACAACCCAAUGGUCAGCUUCUGAUCCAUCCAACACCCAAACACAUCCUGUGACAGUGGCUGUUCCUUUGGUGAAGGAAGGCAUGACAUACUUCUUCUCAGGUGAUUAUGAUGGUGACCAAUGCAAGAGUGGACAACACUUCAAAAUAAAUGUGACCUAUGGACAAGGGUUGCCAAAGAGUCUUAAAUCCCCAGAAGAUGCUCCAUCUCCUGCUAGUCCUGUUGCUGGAGAUGAUGAUUCAGCACCAGACACUAUUGUUCCUUCCAAUUUCAGUCACCCCAAAGAAGAAAAUGAUGAUGACAAAGCUAGUGACGACCAGAAAUCUAGUAGUUCUGUUUCAAUUUUAAUGCAUGCACAACUUCACAUUGUCUUAUUAGGGAUACUACUUUUCUUGUUUUAAAGAGUCAAGAUUUAUUUUUUAUAUAUAUAUAUAUAUAUAUAUAUAUAUUUUAAAUAUAUGCUACUAUUAUUUUAUCUAUUUUUUUUUAUCUAGUGUGAGUGAGACAGUGGGGUUUUGAGAGAUUCAACUGUGAGCUAGGAUAUACCAUAUAUUAUUAUUGUUGUAAACUAAAAUAAUGUAACAAUUACAAUCCUUUAUUGUUAUA